AUGCACAUAACCCUCCCGCCACGGCCACGAUCGCAUGUCUCUGCCGCCAUCAUCGAGCUGGCAUGGCCUCUAAUAUUCCUACUGAUCAUCAUCGCCUUCACAACACCAUUCUUUCUAAUCGAAACUACACAAGCACAGCGCAAUGACAAGCCACGAUGCCUGGCAAAUGGGAACCCGAUCUUCCGGUGGAAUGCGACUGUCAACGAGUACUGGAGCCCGUCUACAGCUCUGUAUAUCACUCUCGGUCACGGCCAGUACACUUAUCCGGAGGCGAAGGCCAUUGAUGUCAUGUGGGACUUACUUGUUGGCCGAGGAGGACAGAUCCUGGCCGCCAUCUGGACGUACUACGUGGUGAGGAAGUCUAUGCUAUUCACGAUGGAGCGACAAGACGUGGCGAUCCCGAUCGCAUACUCAGUGUACUUCGACAAGCUUGGCUACGGUCUCCUGGGCUCGAUCAUACGGAACCUGACUCGUGGCCGCAUACGCAACAACAAAGCCAUACCAGCCUGGAGGCUCCUUAGCUGGCUGUCUCUCGUCAUAUAUGUAAUCAGCUAUCCCACCAUUAUGGCCGCUAUGACAGGUUACCAGACUACAGGCUCAGUCUAUUUCCAUCCUGCUGGCGCCAGCGGUGGCUCAUUCGCACCAGCUGGAGGUAUCACUCCCAACCUUCCCUUUACCGUCCGUGACGGCUCACGAGUGGGACUGCACGAUGGUGUCACUUUCGCUACCCCUGACAUUAAACCUUUCUUCGGAGGCGGCAUCAGGACUACCAACGACACAUACAAUACCGUGCUAAGUUACUACUUCGCCAUUCAAAACGCCAUAGCAAAUAGCACAUACACCUUGCCUGCGGAAGAGGCAAUGUCCACCUUCACACAGGCACGUGGGGACAGCAUGCCGUCCGGUAACGGUAGCUAUGCCCCAAUCUGGGCAUACUGCACCAUCUCCCAAUCCGGCGGCAAUACUUGCGAAGACAAUACGCUCGUCAGACCCAUCGUGCCUGCAGACGCGCCAUACUUACCCACAACCGAGUACACGUGGUCGAACAUCACGCUUUACAACCAAACGUACGUCUUGCAACCGCCGCCGCUAGAUAUUGUCGUUACUGGCCCUGCGGAUAGCUGGUCCGUCGUCCUAUCCGACGAUGGUACGUACGGUGGUUACUUUAGUAACGCAUCUAUUGCACAAGGAGCCGUCUGCUUGCUGGUCGCCCAGUACCAGUGGGGAUUCUCAGCUGCUCUGCUUCUCCUCUUUUGCAUCUUCACAACUCUGUUCGGAGCUGUAAUGCUAGUGCUGCAAUGGGAAGUCUAUUUUUAUAGCCGUGCGAACCGCAUCGACGUGGGACUGGAUGGCUAUAGAGAUGCGGUACGCAUCGUGCAUGCUCUCAAGGAGGAAUUAGGUGACAAUGUUGUGGAGGAUGAUACCCAGAGGCUGUGGGGCAGAUUGAAGUGCUAUAGUGGUGCCUUGAGCAUUGAGACGAGCAAUCUGCCCGUUGCCAGGAUGGGACGGAAGCGGCUGAACCGUGUGAGUACGGAGGACACGAAGGGUAUACCACUAUUGGAGCGAGAGGACACUACUGCUACCGAUACGACAUAUGAGACCGUGAAGUACGAUAAUGCGAGCGAUGAUGUUGUACGUUGA